CCGCUUUCCAAACUUUAGCUUGUGUACGCGGCACGAAAAGCGAGAGAAUGAGCACCGUUCGGACUGUUGAGGGCGCGGGAUGUGUGACCUGGUGGGGAUUCGGACCAGCACGAGACCUCCUGAGCUCAGAUACACACAGAGUGAGGCCGCAUGGAGAGCUGAAUAUUUUGCUGGUGGGCAGUGCAGAUCCUAGAUACAUCCUGAAGACCAUCACUGGACUGACAGACUCAGACACACUACAUGUUUGGGUGAUUGAGAACAGCAUGGAGGUGGUUGCCAGACAGCUAGUACUACUUUAUUUAUCACUUCUGACCCCUGAGAACAUGAGUUUACACAAGAAGACAGAAGUGUUUCUGGAGGUGUUUGGAAACUCUGAGAUUCGCAAAGAGACAGAAGAAACGUUAAAACACGCCGCAGCUCAACUCUCUCUGUCUAUCACAAACACUCUGUUCUCGGACUCGCACACCCAUCCUUGCCUUGAUACAAGCCUUCUGAAGUUUAAGGAGAGAGAUGAGUUGGUCCGGAUCUUUAAACUGUGGGAACGGCCGCCGUCAGUUCCAGCAAGUGUACGCAAGGUCUGGGAUGCCCGUGUUCGGCAGCACCUGGGGACUCGCUAUGACUCACGGCAGGGCUGUUUCGACUGGGAUCUCACUAUGAAACUGCACCAGAGCGGCGUAUGUACCAGUACCAGAUGA